GUUCCAAAGGAGGAGACAAUCGCCUUUCGAGAUUGCAACACAAACAUUUCCCCACUUGUGCGGUUUGUCAACGGUCUAUUCUUUCUAGUCGUCGUAACCUAUGUUGAUGGUCUACCACCAACCCAAUUUCAUUCAUUUGGGCCCGUUGAGAGGCACAAGGGUUCUGUUGCUACUCGUAGGCUACAUACAAACGUUGCGUUGCAGGAAGAGGACGGCCCUUUUUUUAAAGCAGUGUCUCUUGACGCUUUUGUUCCGUGUUUAAAAAAAAAAAAAUGUAUGUCUGAUCUAUUCGUCUCUAGGGUGGGUGGUGUCACAGUAGUACUACAAUGAUCGAACGACCAGAAUCUGCAGUUGCCAGCAUUGCACAGAGGAAUCUGGAGGGGUAUGUGGGGUUCGCCAACCUCCCAAACCAGGUGUACAGGAAGUCAGUGAAGAGGGGCUUUGAGUUCACACUGAUGGUUGUUGGUGAGUCAGGAUUGGGGAAAUCCACUCUCAUCAACUCCCUCUUCCUGACUGACCUGUACUCCAAGGAUUACCCAGGGCCAUCCCUACGGAUCAAGAAGACUGUUCAGGUGGAGCAGUCCAAGGUUCUGGUGAAGGAAGGGGGGGUCCAACUCACUCUCACCAUCGUCGAUACACCGGGGUUUGGAGAUGCAGUGGAUAAUAGUAACUGCUGGCAGCCUGUCAUUAACUACAUUGACAGUAAGUGUGAGGACUUCCUGAAUGCGGAGUCCAGGGUGAACCGAAGACUGAUGCCAGACAACAGGGUUCACUGCUGCCUGUACUUCAUCGCCCCCUCUGGCCAUGGGCUGAAGCCCCUGGACAUUGAGUUUAUGAAGCGUCUCCAUGACAAGGUCAACGUGAUCCCUCUCAUCGCCAAGGCAGACACCCUGACACCUGAGGAAUGCCAGCUAUUCAAGAAACAGAUCAUGAAGGAAAUCCAAGAACACAAGAUCCAGAUCUACGAGUUUCCUGACAUAGAGGACGAUGAGGACAGCAAGCUUAUCCGGAAGAUCAAGGAGCGGAUGCCUCUGGCAGUGGUUGGCAGCAAUGUAGUGAUCGAAGUAAACGGCAAGAAGGUCAGAGGUCGUCAGUACCCCUGGGGCGUGGCAGAAGUGGAGAACGGGGAGCACUGUGACUUUACUGUCUUACGGAACAUGCUGAUCAGGACCCAUAUGCAAGAUCUGAAGGAUGUGACUAACAACGUCCACUAUGAGAACUACCGCAGCAGGAAGCUUGCUGCCGUCACCUGCAAUGGAGGAGUGGACACCAGCAAGACCAAGAACCAAAUGACCAGGAGCCCCCUGGCCCAGAUGGAGGAGGAGCGGAGGGAACAUGUCAUGAAGAUGAAGAAGAUGGAGACUGAGAUGGAGCAGGUGUUUGAGAUGAAAGUCAAGGAGAAGAAACAGAAACUGAAGGACUCUGAGGCUGAGCUGGAGCGACGCCACGAGCAGAUGAAAAAGAACUUGGAGGCUCAGUAUAAGGAACUGGAGGAGAAGAAGCGUCACCAUGAGGAAGAGAAGUCAAACUGGGAGGCACAGCAACGUAUACUGGAGCAGCAGAAACUUGACGCUUCUAAGACCAUGGAAAAGAACAAAAAGAAAGGAAAAAUAUUUUAAGAGUUGAACCUAUUCCUCCAAUGAAAUAUUACAAACUUGUUUUUACAUCCUUUUAGAUAGUCACACGAUCUGUAACCCGCAAACCACCACACACACACAUAUUGUACUAUACUAGACAUUCCAUACCAAUAUUCCAAAUGUAUGUUUCUCUUGCAGUACAUGUCAGACAUGGACCUCACACAUCACUAACUCACUCUCAUACAGUACAUACAACACACUCCAAUUACUCACUCUCAUACAGUACAUACAACACACUCCAAUUACUCACUCUCAUACAGUACAUACAACACACUCCAAUUACUCACUCUCAUACAGUACAUACAACACACUCCAAUUACUCACUCUCAUACAGUACAUACAACACACUCCAAUUACUCACUCUCAUACAGUACAUACAACACACCCCAAUUACUCACUCUCAUACAGUACAUACAACACACCCCAAUUACUCACUCUCAUACAGUACAUACAACACACUCCAAUUACUCACUCUCAUACAGUACAUACAACACACUCCAAUUACUCACUCUCAUACAGUACAUACAACACACUCCAAUUACUCACUCUCAUACAGUACAUACAACACACACACACAGCCACAUCGCUCUCUUGGAGUCUCUGCCAAAACCUUAACCUUUUAUGUGGGAAUGCAUGUGAAUGUGAAAGUCUAUGCCUAUUCUUGACAUGGAGGAAAUGAUGUCCCUCUGAUCUGAGUUUUACACAUGGCAGGAACCAUGCAUAGUCAUCCUUUACACAAGUGUACUACAGACUGUUUUCUAGAUGCUGCUCUGGCCACUUAACUCGCCUGUUUCUUCCAGUAGAGGCAGCUCAAGUCUUAGACUAUCCGCAAGCACACUCCUUGUGACAUGUGUAAACACAUAAUCAUAUACAGUCUGAAAUUCCCCGAACACCUGGUACAUGUGCAUGUUAAACACCACACUUGGGAGUGUGUGUCCAGGGGGGGACAAUGUAGGUGGUCAUUAAGGGUUUGAGUCAGGUCGGAGAGUAUAAGAAAAAAGGAAAAUAAUUGUGUGGAAUGAUGACAGUGAAAAGCAAAGUCAAUAUGAAUAAGCCAAGUUCAGGAAAAGGGAUGACCUAUCUCAAGUGUGUGUGUGUGUGUGUGUGUGUGUGUGUGUGUGUGUGUGUGUGUGUGUGUGUGUGUGUGUGUGUGUGUGCGUGCACGUCUGUGUGUUGUGUAUGUGUUGUGUGUGUGUGCGUCUGCCUGUGUAUGUAUAACUGUAAACUAUGUGUUUGAGGUCCUAGAUAAUGCCUGAUAAUGCAAUCAGAACCAUGCCUCCGAUUUUUACUAAUAGAACACACAUGUAACGUUAACAGGAACAUUGUCAGUGUUAUAGCAACAUUAUCUGGAUACUGAAGUAGAUAAUAAUUUCCCUAUUAUAUAGACGAUAUUACACAAAUCGCAUGGGUGUCUAAAACAAUGAUAACCGUGACAAUGUUUUAUGUGAAGUGAUGGAUUUUGUGGAAGCCCUGAACCUAAAGCCCUAUCUAUCCCUUGUCCUCGCUCUCCCCGUCUCGUCCUCGCUCUCCCCGUCUCGUCCUCGCUCUCCCCGUCUCGUCCUCGCUCUCCCCGUCUCGUCCUCGCUCUCCCCGUCUCGUCCUCUGUUCUAAAGACUGUGCUGAAAGCUCUAUAUGCAUGGGUUUGUCCCAACGCAUGGUGAGACUAACACUAAGCCGCACUGUGUGACACCUCAAAACCCUUACCUCUCUGAGGAUCGUCAAGUUUUAUUUUAAUAUAUAAUGUAUGGUUGGAGAACUAAGAUUUCUUAAACCCAGUAGGAUCAUUACUGUAAGUGGUUCAUAAGCCAAUAUUUUAGCCUAGUCUUGAUUUUACAAACCUGUAGAAUCUUAACAGAUGCAUCGAAGCCAUGCAAAAGGGACAGACUCAGACAACACACAUCUAGUAUCUAACCCCUGUACUUCUUCUCUGGUUUACAUUCAUAAUGGAAAUGACUCAAUUGUUAUAUAAUUCACAACUGAACACAAACUCAAAAUCGCUGUGAAUUAACAGAAGACAACCUUUGACCCAAUCUACACUGGUCAGUAAAAGGCUCAGUUGAGCGAAGUUCUGAAACAAACUUUUUUUAAAUAGUAUUUUAACCAAUCCCUUAUCCUAGAAACCCCUUAAAAGGUAGUCAUAACUUUCGGAGGAGUUUGUUGUUUUGUAUUGUUUUUUUAUAUGUACACUGUUUUCAGCUUUAUUUGGUUCUUCCUUGUAUCAUCUGUUCUCUAUCUAACUGUACAUUAUUAUAUUAAAGAUGAGACUUAUGUUUAA